AUGCCCAAUCAACAUAAACCACUCCCACCUGAGACCCCCAAGUUGCGGACGUUGAUCGAGUAUUAUUGGAGAAUGAAGCACAACGACAGGUAUAUUCUGGAGCAACUAAAGAAACAUCAUAUUGAUCUCUCCCGGUACGGACUUGAAAUCAAAGCCUUUCGGAAACUCCAAGAGCGAAUGGGUUUCUUUCGGGUUCGCAAGCAGGGUCACACUGUCGAUUCAAUUAUGGGCCCUAUUGCGAGAAUCCGUAUUGUGUAUCCUCGUGCCAGUGCCCGUGACAUGGUGAACUUGCUCUUUCAUGAAGAGGACAUUCUGGUUCCACGUUGCAGGAGUGUCGUGAUCGAAUACUUUUUCAUUCCCUUAGUAAGCCAGAGCGAUCCUGGCUCUGAGAACGUCGGAAUCGCAAAUGGACACACGACGCUUUGCCAUCUCCAUGAUCCUGACCUUGCAGGAACGUCCCAGCACCGUUACAUGCGUGAGAAGAAAAAUGUCAUGCCCGAGAUCACUUGGAGCAUGAUGCGUCGCCGAUUUACGCCCGGGUUCGAAGAUAUCCUCGAUACAGGUGUGGACAACGGAUGGUAUGACCCAGGGAUCGUUCUCAAAUCUCUUAUAUUUCGUUGGGUUUUCAUCCCCUGGCUUCAAGCCGAGCUUGAAGCGUACCAAAAACGCGUGAAUAUGACUGCCAAGCGUCGUGAUCGCAACAAAAUCCUGCCUCAUGGUGUUCCGCAGCACAUGUUGGAAUUCCCAGAGGAGUACGCGAUUUUGGACUUCAAGGUGAAAGUCAAUCAAGCUCACAUUGACACCGUACGAGAGCAGUACGCCCCACCAGCUCACGACAUCUUCCACCUUGUGCCGCCGGAUUUUGCUGAGUACAUCAGCAGGUUCUAUGCCGACCUUGGGAGCCCCCCAGUGACUCGACAAACAUGCUGGGACGUCUAUAGGCAACUCCUGCGAUGCUUCGAGGAGCUAGAUCAGCUCCUGGGCACCGCGGGUCCCAGUGUGGACCAGAUCUGGGGUUUUGCUCUUACGCAAGCUGCGGAUCAAUAUUGUGACGAGAUUCAACCCAUUGCCGGCCUGCGUCCACUUCGAGGAGGUGAAGACGUGAUUGGACAGGAUGGUGCAUACUACAUGGGUGGUGUAAAUGCUGGUGCUGGAUUAGGUUUGGAUCACUGUGCCGCGCUCGAACAGCUCAUUGACAAUGUUGAGCCGCGGAUCAAUGACAACGAGACAGACACCGACGACGACGAGGAGAUUUUUGCUUGGUUCUCUGAUGAGGAACGUCCCGAUGCUGAGCCAGAUGAGUGGUAG